CGAGGACAAAACGCCGGUGCGCUGUUGCUGCUGCAGGUGUCUUACUGCUCCACUCCGACUGAUCUAUAGGAAAGAUGGCAAACUCUAAAAAAUCCGCCACCGAAAUUGCUCGGGUCUUCAGGGGAACAUUUAUUCACUCAACGCAGCAAGCAGUGCUGCAGAUCCUGGAGGAUGAGCUCCUGGGAGUGGAUUCAGAUGGAAAGAUUGCUUUCAUUGGGAAUGGCACAGAGCUAGACAGACUUUCUCAGACUUUUGGAUUCAGUCCAUGUGAAGUCACUCAAUUGCAACAACAUGAGUUCUUCAUGCCAGGACUGGUGGACACUCACAUCCAUGCAUCCCAGUACAGCUAUGCUGGCACAGCUCUGGACAUGCCCUUACUGCAGUGGCUCAAUACCUACACCUUUCCUGUGGAGUCACGCUUCAAGGAUUUGGAGUUUGCCCACAGUGUCUACUCCCAAAUAGUGAAAAGGACCCUGAGGAAUGGAACAACCACUGCAUGUUACUUUGCUACCAUACAUACAGAUGCCUCACUCUUGUUGGGCCAGAUUGCAAAUGACUUUGGACAGCGUGCGUUGGUGGGCAAAGUGUGUAUGGACAGGAACAAUUCUGUGAAACAUUACAAAGAGACAAAUCAGGAGUCUCAAGAGGAAACUUGUCGGUUCAUUGCAGAGCUCUUGAACAAAAAGUACCCUCUAGUGAGGCCAGUGGUGACUCCCCGCUUCGCUCUGUCCUGCUCAGGAGCCUUGCUGGGACAGCUGGGAGCAAUCGCUAAGAAUAACAACCUGCACAUUCAAAGCCAUAUUAGUGAAAACACUGAGGAAAUCAAGCUUGUAAAGGAGCUGUUUCCUGAUUCAGAGUCUUACACAGAUGUCUAUCACAAACACAACCUGCUCACUGACAAGACAGUGAUGGCCCAUGGCUGCUACCUCAGCGAUGAAGAGUUGGCUCUGUUCAGAGAGACAGGAGCCUCUUUGUCUCACUGUCCCAACUCCAACAUUUCGUUGUGCAGUGGAUUGUUGGAUGUCCGCAAUGUCCUGAAACACAAAGUAAAGCUGGGGCUGGGAACAGAUGUGGCAGGGGGCUACUCGGCCUCUAUGUUUGAUGCUAUGAGGAAAGCUCUGGACACAUCCAAAAUGUUGACCAUUCAGAACCCAGAGUACGACACACUCACCUUUGAGGAAGUGUUCAGACUGGCCACACUGGGAGGCAGCCAAGCUUUGUCCCUGGAUGACCAGACAGGGAACUUUGAGGUGGGCAAAGACUUUGAUGCCCUGAGGGUGAAUGUUGCCGCUCCUGGUGGACCUAUCGACCUCAUACAGUGUGAGGAGCCAAAGAUUAUUCUGGAAAAGUUCAUGAAUUUGGGUGAUGAUCGUAACAUAGUAGAGGUGUUUGUGGCUGGGAGGAGGGUGGUACCAUUCACAGAGCAAACAACAGAGUAAACCAAAAUACACGUACAUCUGAGACACAUUAUGUGCAGCCCAAGGAAUAAUCAGCAUGAAGCGCCCCACUGUGUCAGGAACUGCACUGCUGCACAAUUCUCCAGGGCUACUAGGACAAAUAAGUAGAAAAUUAAUUGUCACUGUAAACAUUUACUGUUAAAUCCAGAGGACAGAAUAGGC